GCGGAUCAGACCGACUCCAGUAUCAUAUCCAGCGAUCAGCCCCUCAUACACGGUCUGUGUUUCAGAAACGCUAAAGGAUUUACUUCACCACUCUCUUUAUGAGUUGCGACUGAUAAAGACCCUUAGGGGAGGACAGAAAGCUACAUCCUGAAAGACAGUGAGGGGGAGAGAGAGAGAGAGAGAGAGAGAGAGACAAACUGCGGAGGAUCAAAGAUUGUGUUUUCCUGAAACAUCUGCCAGCUUGAUCAGCGUUAGUCCCAAACACAAUUUAUUCACAGCCAGAAGUGUUCCCAUGAACGCUUUAGGAUUUCCCCGAACUAAUCAGAGACGUCCCUGGUUCCCACUGUUAUUGUGUAGCUCAUAACGGCAGGAUUCGAGAGCAGCAGACUAGAGGAAUGAGAGGCAGAUCAAGCAGGAGAUCCCUCAAGCCUCUAAUCACAGCACAUCCAGGCCUACUGAGGGAUGCUGGGCUGGUGUGGAGUUUUGUAACAAAAGGAUUCCUGUGUGCACUGGAAUAUAUCAGCCGAAAAUGAGGAACUGUUGAGCACCGUCAGGUCACUUUGGAGCUGUACUGUGCGUGGAUGCCUCCGACCCUCGCUGGAUGAUUCCAUCUCUGUGAUGAAAGGCUUAUCCAGCAGCCGCAGCCACCACCACGUGGUGACCUGUGACCCCUCUUUUGACUCCAUGGGUCACCAUUUGGACCACAAGCCCUACCUCAUCAGCCAGAUCGACAACCCCCACCCGGUCGACCACUCUUACUACUCCCAGAGAAGCCCCUACCAGCCUGACUGCGUGGUGCCUUACGGGACCUUCCCCCGCAGACACUAUAGCUCUCAGCACGAGCUGAAGGACGAGACCGCUGUGGUUCCCUACACCGGGGGAGGGGUUCCAGCCAACAAGGGCCAACAGCGUCUCCCCGUCGCCCUGUUGGAUCAGUUCGAUCGGCAACUCCCAGUGCCUCGGGACGGCUAUCACACGCUGCAGUACAAGCGUGCCGCCGCAGCCUUGGAGCAACGGAGCGACAGCCCUGGCCGAAUCCGGCACCUGGUGCACUCCGUUCAGAAGCUCUUCACCAAGUCCCACUCACUAGAGGGCCCACACCAUGGUCACGGCCAUGGCAAGGGCAGCAUCAACGGAGGCAAGGCCAGCCCAGACGGAGAACCCCCUGCUAUUCGGCACCGCAAGCGCAGCAAGAGCCGGGAGCGCUGCAAGUCGGCUGAACCCAAGAACAGGACGCCACCUUCUGGCUACUGGAGCUCGGAUGAAUUGGAACGCGAGGCCUGCCUGUUUCACCAUGGACCACCGGGUGUCAUGACCAUGGGACGUCACCCGGAUAAGUCGCAGUCGCAGUACUUCUUGGAAGCCUACAACACCAUCAAUGACCAGGCACUUAAAAACUCCCGCAGCAGCAAUGAUUUGGGCAAGUGCUCGACGUGCACGAGCAUCCCGCUGAGCGUGGACGCUUCACAGCUCGUGAAGAAGAGCUCGUGGUCGUCCUCUCUCACGGUGAGCAGAGCACGUCAAGUCUACCAGAAGGCCUCGGUAAAUGUAGAUAAGGCUCUAGUGAAAGCAGAGGCUUGUCAGCAGGAGCGCUCAUGCCAAUUCUUGCAGGUCCCUCAAGACGAGUGGGGAGGCUUUCCACUGGGGAAAGAUGAGGAUAUCCCGUGCAGACGCAUGCGCAGCGGGAGUUACGUGAAAGCCAUGGCGGAGGAUGACAGCGGAGACUCGGACGGCAGCCCUAAACCCUCGCCCAAGAUGCAGGCACGACGGGCCAGCUACCUCAAAGCCACCCAGCCAUCACUCACAGAGAUGACCACUCUAAAUAUCUCUACAGAACACUCUCCAAAGCUGCAGAUCCGGAGUCACAGCUACUUGCGGGCGGUGAGUGAAGUUUCCAUCAAUAGGAGCCUGGACACACUGGAUCCCAAAGCUCUGCUAGCCUCUCCCCAAUACCGCUCGCGCAACGAGAGCUACAUGAGGGCUAUGAGCACCAUCAGCCAGGUGAGUGAGGUUGAGGUUAACGGGCAGAUCGAGGCAGUGUGUGAGAGUGUGUUCAGUGAAAUGGAGUCACAGGCAGUAGACGCCCUGGACCUGCCUGUGCCCGGGUGCUUCCGCAUGAGGAGUCACAGUUACGUGCGUGCCAUCGACCAGGGCUGCUCGCAGGACGACGACGGGCCUUUGCUCCCGGCCUCCCCCCCGAGGACCACCACUACUGUCAGAACCAUCCAGAGCAGCACAGUAUCAUCAUGUAUCACCACCUACAAGAAGACUCCUCCACCGGUACCUCCUCGCACCUCCACCAAGCCCUUCAUCUCCAUCACGGCCCAGAGCAGCACAGAGUCUGCGCAGGACGCUUACAUGGAUGGUCCCGGGACGCGGGGCGAGCCCAUCCUCCACUCUGGCCUGAGCAAUUCCACCGAGAGCAUUGACAGCAUGAAAGCGCUGACGGCAGCCAUCGAGGCAGCCAACGCUCAGAUCCACGGCCCUGUCAGUCAACACGUCAGCAACAGCACCAUCACCAUCAGCACUACCCCUCCCUCUCCGCUGCCCAUGCCCAUGCCUGUGCCCAUCCCCUUCCCAAUACCGGCCCUGGAAGACAUCCGCAGGGAUGUGCUCAGGAAGAGCAGGUGCCUUUCUAUUGGCAUCCAGGUGGAUGGGCCUGAGGACCAGGAACUGGAGGACCAGUCCAAGUUUCAGUCAGUGGGGAUUCAGGUUGAAGAAGAGCAAGGUCACCGGCGGUUCAAGCGCUCAAACAGCGUGACGGCAGCGGUACAGGCUGAUCUGGACACUCCGGAGUACACACCAGCUGACUCUCCUGUCACAGAUUUCGCCUCCUCGGGCUGCUUGUCACGGCAGUACUCACGUGAUGCCGCCACCUCCACCGUUAGCAUCCAGGGCUCAGGGAAUCACUACCACGCCUGCACCUCAGACGACUAUGAGGACGUUGGCUUUGAUCCCUCCAUCCUGCCUCCACCUGACCCUUGGAUCGAUAGCGUAACGGAAGAUCCCUUGGAAGUCGUGGGCCGCUCGGUGUGUCAGCGUGACGGCCGCUGGUUCCUGAAGCUGCUGCAGGCAGAGACUGAACGUAUGGAGGGCUGGUGCAGGCAGAUGGAGCACGAUGAGAAGGAGAACAAGCUACCUGAUGAAAUCCUGGGGAAGAUCCGCAGUGCUGUGGGAAGCGCACAGCUGCUUAUGUCCCAGAAGUUUCAGCAGUUCAGGGAAUUGUGUGAGGAAAAUCUGCAGAACCCAAACACUCACCCACGGCCAGUGGCUCAAGAUCUCGCAGGGUUCUGGGACAUGCUUCAACUUUCCAUUGAGAAUAUCAGCUUAAAGUUCGAUGAGCUUCACCAGCUCAAAGCCAACAACUGGAGACCCCUCGACCCCCCCGAGAGAAAGGAGAGAAGGCUGCCUCCCCCAGUGCCAAAGAAACCCCCGAAAGGCCACCCUCCCCUGGCCAGAGAUCGCUCGCUGGAAAGCACGGAGAAGCAGCGUCAGGAGGCACGCAAGCGUUUGAUGGCGGCCAAACGAGCCGCUUCGGUACGGCAGAACUCGGCCACAGAGAGCGCAGACAGCAUCGAGAUCUAUAUACCUGAGGCCCAGACCAGAUUAUGAAACUGCCAAACGCCAAAACACACUCACACACGAACGCCCAAGUGCAGAAAUCCGCCGUGAGCACAACACGUCACACAGAUCUAUAUUUGCAUAAUGCUAAGAUCACUGUAUAUUAGGAGCGACAUACACCAGCACCAUGAUAGCACAGUAGUAGGAAUUUGACCUUUCAUUACUAAAACAAAUGACAUCCAAGAUAGAUCUACAUCAUAUUUCUAUGACCCUAAGACUUCAGGACAAAUGACUUGUUUAAUUUUACACAAAUAAACGAGGCUGGGUUUUUUUUCUCCCUUAGAAACUUUUUGGAAAGACUAUUUCAGGGUCCUGUGGUGGAAAUGGUCAAGGGACUUUUUUCAGUAUGAAUAUUCAGAUUUUUUUCUUUAAGAAGCAGCACUGCAUAAAAUAUUAAGACUUGUUUUCAAUAUUUUUUUUUGUCUGUUGAAUAUAUACUACCGAUCUCUUAUGCUCACCAAGGCUGCAUUUGUUUGAUCAAAUAUAUAGUUAAAAUAGUAAUACUGUGAAAUAUUAUUGCAAUUUAAAAAUAGCUUUCUAAUUUAAUAGAUUUUAAAAUUCAUUUAUUCUUGUGAUGGCAGCUCUGAAUUUUCAGCAGUCAUUACUUCACUCUUCAGUGUCACGUGAUCCUUCAGAAAUCGUUCUAAUGUGCUGAUUUGGUGCCCAAGAAAAAUUAUUCUUCUUUUCAAUGUUGAAAACAGUUUUUUGAAGAUUUCUUUGAUGAAUCGCAUUUAUUUGAAAUGGAAUCGUUUGUAACACUACAGAUGACUUAACUCUCACUUUGGAUCAAUUUAAGGCAUCCUUGCUGAAUAAAAAUAUUAAUUUCUUUCAGAAAGAAAAAAAAAGAAGAAAAUAAAAAAUAACUCACAACCAAGCCCCAAGAUGUUUAUACUUCAAAUCUGGUGAAAAGGUGAAAGAAUAUGGCAGUGCAUUUACACUAAAUAUACUAGUAUUAAAGAUACAGUAUGUCUUAUACAGUCUUGGUUCUCAGUUCAUCUAGUUUCAAAGAUUUCUAUGUAUUUUUGCUAGAAAAUAUGACAAAAAUUCUCAUCUCAUCAAGAAUAUGACUUUUGCAGUGUGUAAUUAAAGAUAUAUUUCAUGACCAUUUUUUUAGAUUACAGCAGAACUGUCCCUCACAGCCUUGGUUUUAUUUGUGUCAAAUUAAAUAUUUCUACCCUGAAUAAGAUCCAUGACUAGAUCAUUCACACGCACACUAUUUGGAGCUCAGCCACUUUAUAUAUACUCUUUUUCAUUUUUAUGCAUGUGUGGUUACAUACAGUUUGUUUGUAAACAUGCACACGUGCAUAACAACCUCUCUCGGAGCCAUCGGCUGACCUUCGUUCACAGUGUAGAUAAAUAUGAGCAUAUACACACGUAUAUACUUUAUCAUUUAACAAUUCUACACAGACUUAUCACAAAUAAUAAACAUAAGCGCAUUCACUCUUGAGUGGAACAAGCUGGGUGUUUGUAAUAUAAUCUGUCUGUACCUUUUUCCUUAAGAGUUGAAGGAAUGUUAUAGCAGGUUUAAUGUUUUACUUCUCCGGUCCUUCCAUCUGUCUUUCUCUUUCACACACUGUCUUAAUCUGAUGAUCUAAAGAGAUGUGAUCAUAGUGAAUUAUGUUCCUAGCCAUGUGAAGUAGGUAAACCCUCUCUCUCAGUCCCUCUUACCAUCUAGGAAAUACAGUAUCCUGUUGUCUUUUAGCAUUUUGGUUUUUCUCAGAAGAGCAGAAGUGCUAGCAGUUCUUUCCGGCUUCUAACCCUGCCCUUUUUUUUAAUUUAUUUAUUUUUUGUCGUACAAUUGGAAAAUGAUGACCACAUAACAGGGUAUUUUAAGCUAAAAGCAAUACUCAUGAGAAAUUCUAAUAUUACUACAUUAUUUUGAUGUAGAGAUUCAUGAUUCAUUGCUAAAUGAAUCAUGAAAAGAUGCCUUCACUAUUCUGAAGCCAUUUCUGUUUCUUGCCAUUCUGAUGCUUGCUAUUGUGAACACUUAUCAGUGGCCACUCUUGAACAGUUCUUCUUAUUUUAAAUCCUCUUUAGACAUACGUGGGACAUUUAGGCACAUUAUUAUAUUCUUUAGUGUAUAAAAUACAAAUAAACUUACUAAUCAUUUUUCUAACAUAGAUUUGGGGCCUUCUGUGGAUUUUUAUGUAGACAAGUAGAGGUACUUCAAUGAGACGACUGCAAAAAAGUGACACUAGAAGGGGAGUUUUAAUAAAAUGCAAGCUUUUCAUCAUUGUUCACGAGAUUAUGUCUUUCCAGUAGCAAUUUCAGUGACUUAAUUUAAUGUGUUUUAAUACUGUGUUGGGGCACAGGGGGAAGUUUUUUGUAAGCUUUGUGCUCAAAAGGGUUGUGACUCUGAGAGGACCGUGUGACUCUGCCUGAUCGGUCGUGUCAGGUGAGCUAAACUAGCGUUAAACUCUCAGGAAAAGACAGAGAUGAAGUGAGUGCAGCAAAUUCAGGGUCUCCCAGUGGUGAUGUUUUACGCGUGUUUUUGUGAGCGUGUUUGCGUGUUCACUGCACACAGGUGUGAGUCUGUUUGUGUUUUAAAGAAUGUAUGUAUCUUUAUGCUAAAUAGGUGUGUAUGUGAGCCUGUGUGCAUCGUGUGUGUGUGUGCGUGUGCGAGUCUAUAAAAGUGCUUCCUGAUUUUAUUGGUUAACACAAUCUUUGACUUUUUUCUGUUGGUUGAAGUUAAGUAGCCUCAUGAACUCGUGUACAGUAUCAAAGCCCCUUGUUCUUAUUUUAGUCUAUAUUGUUUGUACAAGAAAACAAUGAUGAGGAUGUUCCUGUAAGCAUGCAGACACAAUAUGAGUCCUAUAGAUAUAUAUCUGAUUUAUACUAUUAUUUAUUUAUUUAUUUAUGUACUUAUUUAUUUGUCUUAUCUAUUUAGGGUUUAUUUUAUACGGUUUUGAUUCUGUUUAGUGAUCUGUCAUGCCACCCUCAUAUUGUGAAUAUGUUGUACU